AUGACUAAUGUGAUGGUGCAAGAGAAUGAGGAUUUGCAGGUGAAUCAUAAUCAAAAUGUUGGUGUUGAUGGCUUCUAUGGGUUGGGAAAUAAGAAAGGGAUUGAGUUCCUUGAGUUAAAGCAGGGAAAUAUGAUUGUUGUUGAUUAUGUGACUAAGUUCAAAGAGCUGGAGAUUCUUCGAUUCUCAGUGUUGGUGAAUAAGUGUAAGAUCUAUGAUGAAGAUAGUAGGGCAUAUGCUCACUAUAAGAUUGCUAUUGAGAAGAGAAAUGGGAAUAAAUGUCGUAGUAAACAUUAUGUAACUCCAGCUGAUAAAGGAAAACAGAAGUUUCGUCAGAAGGUUGCAGGUGGGAAAGAGAUAAGUGGGGGAGGAGCUCAUAAUCCUCUAAAAUGUUUCAGGUGUGGAGAGUUGGGUUAUCGUGCUGCUGAGUGUAAGAGUACAUGUCAGAAGUGUUUCAAAUGUAGGAAACAAGAGCACCGUAUUGCUAAGUGCAAUAAUAAUGUUCCAACUGUGGUGAACCUGGACAUAUUAGUACCCAAUUUCAGAAACCGAGGAAGCGUGACACAUUUGUUUAUAUCUCUUGAUUUUGUCGACAAGUUUAAUCUUAAAGUGUCUUAUAUGAUUGGAAGUAUGGUCAUUGAUACCCCAACUAAUGGUUCGGUGACUACUUCAUUGGUUGAGAUGUCUUUGAGGGAGGAUGAUCAAGUUCUCGUGAUGUUUGCUUCUUUGAGAGUGGAAAGCGAUGUUGUGGCUAGUGAUAUUCCUAUGGUGUGUGAGUUUCCUGAUGUUUUUCCUGAGGAUAUUUGUGACUUGCCUCCGGAGCAAGAAGUUGAGUUUGCCAUAGAUUUAAUACCUGGUACUAGACAUGUGUCGAUGGCACCAUAUAGGAUGUCUGCAUCAGAAUUUAUUGAACUGAAGAGGCAGUUAGAAGAUCUAUUAGAGAAGGAGUUUGUCAGACCUAGUGUGGCACCGCGGGGAGCGCCAAUGUUGUUGAAUAAGAUGAAAUAUGGUAGCAUGAGGUUGUGUUUUGAUUACAACAACUGA